CCUCCCUUCCUCUGUUCCUCUCUCCCUGAUCUGUUGCCUCCCCCAAGCCCCUCUUGCCUCGAUCUGCUGCCUCCGUCAAGAGAUGCAGCCUGGCCUCCAUGCGUGUCCCAAGAGAAAGUGAGGUAGAGGGAGCGGCCCAUGGCUGGAUUACGCUGCUGCAAAGUUCAGUGGCUCUGCUGCGAGCCCGGGACGGCGGAGGUGAGAGUAUGGACCAGGGGCUGACGACGGGAUACUGUGGGCGUCGUCGGCCGGGGCUGCAAUGGAGCCCGGCACCACGGCGCCCGGAGCUGCAAUGGAGCUCUGCCGGGGUUGCAAUGGAGCCCGGCACCAUGGCGCCCGAGCUGCAAUGGAGCUUCGUCGAGGCCGCAAUGAAGAGCGGGCGCUACUGCCGGCGGCGUGGCAAGUCGAGCACGGCGACGCUCGCCACCGGUGCUGCAAUGAAGUGGACUUUGCUGCCAGCGGCAUUGCAAUGGAGCAGGUGCUGCUGCGGGCGGCGCAGCAAGUCGAGGAUGGCGACGCUCGCCACCAGUGAGGCAAUGAAACGAGCGUUGCUGCCAACUGCGCGACAAGUCGAGGACGGCGGCGCUGCAAUGAAGCGUCGAUGGAGCCACCGAGGUCGGGGCUGCUGCAUGUCGAGGGAUGCAAUACUAUGGCGGCCUCGCGUCUCGAUGAUGUUGUGCUUGUCUGGGUCACAACAUCGCUGCUGCUGCGAUGUCUUCGGCGCUGGCGCCGUUGGCACGUUGAGCACCUGUUGUAGUCACGUUGGUCACGCACAAUCAGAGUCGCGUUUGCUGCUUUGUGCUGGGAGUGGUGGAUGCGAGGCCACUGUAAAUUGGUGCUACCACGUCAGGGAGUUCUAGCGACGCAUUAUACAAGGAGCUAUGGCAUGCUUGAGCUAGGCUUUUGAUCACAGUGCCUUGCCAAGGUGAAAGGAUUUACUACUUUCCAGAUAGUUAUAUGGAACAGGAGUUGGUAAAGAUUCCCGCGGCCACCUGAAGGAUGAUAAAUAAAGGGCUGCUUGGAAGUAGUGACGAAGGGCUGCUUGGAAGUAGUAGGAGCAUGUAGUGCUCUGAGUUCAAAACCUACAUGUAAGCUUGUACCAAAUGAUGAUGUUGUGUUCUGCGAAUGAAUUUCUUCAGAUUUAA